AGAAACGAACAAACAGUCACAACGAGGCUUCAAUAAUUGUUUGGUAAACGUGUAUGUAUCUAGCUAGCUAUAAAUAGCAGUGAUUAACAAGUUAUAAGAUCAUCAUCCAUCCAUCCAAACAAACAAACAAAUAGUCACAACGAGGCUUUAAUCUGAUUCUCAAGAUGAGACCUGCUCUUGCUUUACUACCUCUCUUGCUUUUCUUGUUUGCAGCAACGGUAGAAUCAAGAAAGGAUCUAGGAGAAUACUUGAAACUUGCUGUGAAAGACCAACACACGGCAGAGGAAAUUGACGCGAAGGAAAACAAAGAAGUCAUUCAAGAUUUUGAAUCAAGACCUAAUGCUUUCCUUUAUCAUGGGAUAGAUGCAGAGGAAAAGAAAGGAGCCAUUAAAGAUUUUGAACCAAGACCUAAUGCUUUCUCUUAUAAAGGAGCCAUUCAAGAUUUUGAAUCAAGACCUAAUGGUUUCGUUUAUCAUGGGAUAGAUGCAGAGGAAAAGAAAGGAGUCAUUAAAGAUUUUGAACCAAGACCUAAUGCUUUCUCUUAUAAAGGAGCCAUUAAAGAUUUUGAACCAAGACCUAAUGCUUUCCAUUAUCAUGGGAUAGAUGCAGAGGAAAAGAAAGGAGCAAUUAAAGAUUUUGAACCAAGACCUAAUGCUUUCUCUUAUAAAGGAGCCAUUAAAGAUUUUGAACCAAGACCUAAUCCUUUCCUUUAUCAUGGGAUAGAUGCAGAGGAAAAGAAAGGAGCCAUUAAAGAUUUUGAACCAAGACCUAAUGCUUUCUCUUAUAAAGGAGCCAUUAAAGAUUUUGAACCAAGACCUAAUGCUUUCCUUUAUCAUGGGAUAGAUGCAGAGGAAAAGAAAGGAGCAAUUAAAGAUUUUGAACCAAGACCUAAUGCUUUCUCUUAUAAAGGAGCCAUUAAAGAUUUUGAACCAAGACCUAAUCCUUUCCUUUAUCAUGGGAUAGAUGCAGAGGAAAAGAAAGGAGCCAUUAAAGAUUUUGAACUAAAACCCACGGUUUCUAGCAAUGAAGAAAAUUACAUUGAUGUUAAGUAAAAGAAGGAUUUUGAGCCGAAUCCAAGUGUCAUGAAAUAUGUUUCAUAAAUAAGUGUAAUAAUAUGCGCACAGUGUGUUGGUCGUCGUCUGAUUGGUACGUCGUUUUCGGUUUUCUGUCUUGUUGUGGCGUUCAUUUAGUUCAUAUUGAAAGCUCAACUUCAAUCAAUUGCAGAUUCAAUCUAUGAUUUGGAAGUCAACGUUGCAGAUCCAGAAGCAUGGAUAUUUCGGUCACUUUGAUUUUAUCAUAUUAUUUGUAAGCAUUUUACCGUUGUAAUGUUAUUAUUAACUUGGAUAUUGUGAGUUUGUUCGCAGAUUCAUCCUUUUCGUUUUUAGAAAAAUUGAAUUUGUAUUUCCGUCUUAUGUAUUCUAUCAAUUAUUGAAACGAAUGAAUAUCUUAUUUUUAGUAUAAAAA